UAAUAUGUUGAAUUAGACUACUCCAAUGGUUACAGUCAAUAGUUACGGUCUUCUCUAUGGUUACAGUAAUAAAAUGCUAUCAAUGUAUAUCUAUUAUCUAUGAAUUCUAUUCAAAAAGCAUCGUUCGUAGGUUACGUAUGGGUAAUUUGUAUUGUAAAGAAGGUAAAUUAGUUUUUUUGUCUUUAUUUCCAGUAAAACAAUUUAAUAAAAAAAGAAUUGCAGAUAGCAGUACCAUGUCAGUAUUAAGUAGGAAUGAAAUAGAACAACUGAAACAACGAUUACAAAAAGCAGAAGAACAGGUAGUGGUACUACAAAAAGAAAUUCAGUGCAUAAAAGAAGUGUUAUGUAAAUGUUCAACCACUACUUCAAGUUUAACAGCACUUCAGAAAAGAAAAUUUUCCACCUUAAACUCUGAGACUGAUGGCUCUGAAAGCAAUUACAAUUUUACAGUAAAAAAACAAAAUAUUGACGCAACAAAGGGGUACAUGACUGUUUACACAGAUGGAGCAUGUGAAAAUAAUGGAAAAGUUAAUGCAAAGGCUGGAAUAGGAGUAUGGUUUGGAAGUGGUCAUUCCUGGAAUAUAUCAGAACCAGUUAAAGGAAGGCCUACCAAUAAUACCGCUGAAAUUCAAGCCUGUAUUAGGGCUAUUGAGAAAGCUCACUCUAAUGGUAUCAAAAAAUUAUUAAUAAAAACUGAUUCCCAGUUUGUUAUUAAUUCCAUGACCAAGUGGAUAAAGAGGUGGAAACAAAAUAACUGGAAACUUUCAACAGGUGGUGAUGUAAAAAAUAAAACAGAUUUUGUAAAACUUGAUACAUUAAUCAAUCUGCUAGAUGAUGUUCAAUGGGAGUAUGUGGCUGGUCAUGCAGGAAAUGAAGGUAAUGAAGAGGCUGAUAGGUUAGCUCGAAAUGGAGCAACUUUAUACAAACCUACAUAAGGGAUACAAACAUGCAUCCAACCUACAAGCGUAUGGCCAGAUUCGUGGUAUGCAACGACUUUUUUUUCUUCGGGGGACAUGGCAUGGCUCCUUUUUUCAGUAC